GGGAGGGGAGCCCCGGCCGCUCCCGGGUGGAUUUCGUCACUUGGGAAGCCGCAGCUUCCGCGGCCGCCUCCCGGCCAGGGUAUAAAGGGCGAGGUGCCGCCCGACCUACCUGUGCCACCGGCUGCCAGCCCGCCCCAGCCCAGCUCCGCGCCCCGAGCCCGCCCGGAUCCGGAGCCAGAUGGAGCCCUGCUGCCCGCGGACGCGGAGCGCGCUGCUCGGCCUGGGUAUUUAUCUUUUACUGCAAGCUGUGUCUGGUACAACAGUGAUCCCGUUAUGUGAACCAAAUGAUCUGGAAAACUGCACAACAGCACUAGUUCAGACGGAGACUAAUCCCCGAGUGGCUCAAGUCGGGAUAGCCAGAUGCAAGCCUGAAAUGCAAGAUUACUGCUUCCAUGGGCAGUGCAUGUACCUUGUGGACUUAGAUGAACAUUACUGCAGGUGUGAUGUGGGCUUCUCUGGGGUCCGGUGCGUGCAUUCGGAACUUCUCACGCAGCACCUGAGCAAAGAAUAUCUGGCACUGACCGUGAUUCUAAUCCUCUUUUUCCUCGUCGCGAUCUUCAUUACAACCUACUACCUAUUCAAAUGGUACCAAAACAAAAAGAAGAGGCAAGCCAACAACCACAAAUACAAAGAGGCUGAUGUCCAUGAGAAGAACUCCGCGCUGCUUCCCUCGUGAAGGGGGAGAGAAACACACAGACUUGUCAGCUCACAGCUAUUUAAUAUAAACCUAUUUUAUUAAUAGUAUUUAUAUGCUCUAAACAACACAAUUUCAAAUUUGCAUUGAUCAGACUCAAUUUACAGGUCAAAAUGGAUUUUGGGGGGUAUACUUUAUUUUUAAUUUUUUUAUUGAAUAUUCAAUACUGUGCAAUGUGGCACUACAGAAAUCCUCCCUCUGUACAUAUGCAGGAUUAUAUAUAGGUGUGUGUGUGUGUAUAUAUAUAUAUAUAUUUUUAUAAGACAUGUAUGCUUCUUGUCAGCAAUAGCUGGCCUACCAAAAUAUGUUGUUGUUUUUUAAGGGCAAUAAAAUUUUGUAUUCAUGUGAAGAUAAUGAAUGCACUUAAUGCUCCUUAGAAUUAAGUCUUCUAAAUUGGGUUGACUGUAUGCUGUGUGUCUCCUGCUAGAACUUCAGGGAAGUUUUGGCUAAUUAGAUAUGAACACAUGGAAAAUACAUCUGACCCUGGGAAAUGUUGCUCCUCUAUUCAGACUGAUGUUGAUUGGUUUUGACAUUGGGGUACAUUGUCCUCUAUUUGCAUCAGGUUACGUUGCAGACCUGAGCAGGGGGAGGGGAACUGCAUCAAAAACUGAGGUAAAAUAUUCUGCUUUCAGUGAAGGCUUUGUUACUGGUACAAUGUUGACUCCCAUUCCUCACCCAUGUGGGAAAGUAAGAUGUCAGAUGUUCUUACUUCUCUAGGCAAGCUACCUGCUGUCCCUUAAUUAGAGGAGGUUGGUUAAUUAACCAGUCAUUUUUAUACACUCUGUAUAUUUUAGUCACGCAUUCCGUGACUCAGGAAUGAUCUCUUACAACCACUUUUCAGUUUGCAUUUUGGAACAGCUCUGUGAUUGAUCUGUUAGCCUCUCUGGCGGUACGUUUGAGGCUGUGUCCACGCAAAAGAGUUAGCAGGUUUGAGCUUGCAACUGAGCACCAGAAAGACGGGCCCCAAUUACAUAACGGUGUGGAGAGGUGGACA